GGCGUCAUAUAGCUGUCUUUAUUAUGAGAGCGCACACACAAUAUAAGCAAACACAGAAACAGAAAUCGAGAGCGUAAAAACAGAAACUGAACAGAUGAAACAUAAUCUUGUGGCAGGUAAAGCUGUCAUCACGAGCGAAUAAAUUGUGAUCCAGCACAGGUUUGAAGGUGGCGGCGAUGUCUCAAUGUGAUCGAAUUCGUUUUCGGAUUGGCAGCUCGGUCGCGUUAUCAUCUGCGCUCUCUCUGUUUGAAAAUUCUCCUCGCUCGCGAUUAUAUCUUCCAACCGGAAACACGUCAUGGAUUAAGGCUUGACAAGACGAUCACUGAUCGAUUGAACUGCAUUACUAAGAACUGCCACUAGAGUUCAGAAUUGCGACUUUGGAGUUAAUUGGCAACAACAACAGAUGGAGGAAGAAUUGCAACUCAUCUGCUCACCUGGUUUACUGAAGCCAUAUAGCCAUGGAGUCAGGAGAAAACGAAAUCCUACGUAGCAUACUGGAACGUCUGACGACAAGACUUCAGUGGAUCCUUGAACAGUCUUCUGUUGACCUUGAUUAUUUGGAGUAUGUUUGCAAUCAAGAAUACAUCUUAAUUGAUGCAGCAUCCCGAAUCUUUGAUAUACCUUCCCCCAUAACAGAGGGUCUGAAACAAUUAGGCAGACUUGUGCAUGCUGGCUUAGAGGAAGAACAACGACCUAUAUUGUUCACACUUGAGCAAGGGGAAAGGGGACGCCCAAAAUGUGUGCUCUCUGCUGAUUUCCUGACAUAUCUUUUUGAAAUACCAUUACCUGUUAAGUGUGUGGCCAAUCUACUCGGUGUUAGUCAUAGCACAAUUUUUAGAAGAAUGAGAGAACUUGGCAUUUCAACAAAGACUUCAUACAGCUCUAUGUCAGAUGAAGAACUGGACAACAAAGUUGCUGCUGUUAAAGCAAGAGUCCCUAAUGCUGGAUACAGACUUGUCAAAGGACUGUUACAGUCCGAGGGCUAUCGUGUUCAGUGGGACAGAAUUAAAGGGUCUAUGCACAGAAUAGACUCUGCUGGAGUUCUGUCCCGAAUGACACGCAUGGGGAGCACAGUGAGACGAACUUAUUAUGUCCGGUGUCCACUGUCACUUGUCCACAUCGACACCAAUCAUAAACUAAUAAGGUUUGCAUGA